CAGCAAGACACCAUGGCACCGCAAUUCGAAGAGAUGCAGAAUGAUCUGCUGUUGAGGACUGCAAGAGGGGAGAGGGUGGAACGUCCGCCUAUGUGGGUUAUGCGUCAAGCUGGACGGUAUCUCCCCGAGUAUCAUGAAGCAAAAGGAGGGCACGAUUUCUUCGAAUGCUGCCGCUCGCCUGAGAUUGCCUCUACCCUCACUCUCCAACCCAUCGAACGCUUCGCCGGUCUCAUCGACGCAGCAAUCAUAUUUUCGGACAUUCUAGUCAUUCCACAAGCGAUGGGCAUGGAGGUUAUAAUGGUGGACAAGAAAGGGCCGCAUUUCCCGGAGCCAUUAGAGUCACCCGACGACAAGCAAUAUAAAGAGGUCAUGGAGCGCAAGGUCGACGUCAAGGAGUCGCUUGACUAUGUAUACAAGGCCAUCACACUCACAAGACAGAAGCUAAGAGGCAGAGUUCCCCUUAUAGGCUUCUGCGGUGCCCCUUGGACGUUGCUCAGCUACAUGGUGGAAGGCGGCGGGAGCAAAAUGUUCAUUCAGGUCAAGACUUGGGUAUUCAGGUAUCCCAAAGAAAGCCAGGCCCUUCUCCAAAAGAUAGCCGAGCUUUGCGUCGAGUACUUGGCUUUGCAAGUAGUUGCAGGAGCACAGAUGAUUCAGGUAUUUGACUCGUGGGCCGGAGAACUUUCGCCAGCAUCGUUCAAAACAUUCUCACUUCCAUACCUGAACUACAUUGCCGACCACCUGCCUGCGCGGCUAAAAGAAUUGGGCCAAGAGCCGGUUCCUAUGACAGUGUUUGCUAAAGGCGCGUGGUAUGCGCUGGAGGACCUCUGCGAGUCGAACUACAACGUGAUCGGUCUCGAUUGGCUCCAGGACCCGGCGGCGGCGUACAAGAUCGCUCAAGCGAAAGGGAAGGUGCUCCAGGGAAACGCAGAUCCAGGAGUGUUGUAUGGCGGCAGGGAAGCAAUAACGAGCGUCGUGAAGCAGAUGGUGACAGGAUUUGGGGGAGGCAAACAGGGAUGGAUUGCUAAUCUCGGGCAUGGCAUCACUCCUUUCGUCAAGCCAGAGGAUUUGAAGUUCUUCUUUGAAGAAAUCCACAAGUAUGCUGGAUCAUCAUGAUGUGUAUCAACAAAAGCGUCAAUGAAAGAACUCCUUGAUUGUAUUAGAUAAAAAGGGCGCUAGAUCUAUAGCUCCUCGCCUAUGUCUUCAUUCC